UUUCCCUGUUGAAGAUGAAGUCUUUUUUGGCUUUAUUACUGGUUCUGCUGCUUUGUGAUGUGUGCAGGGCCCAAAGAUACAGCAGUAACAAUGAUUCUUCUGACGAGACGAGAGCAGAUUUGACUGAGACACAGAGGCCGAGCACUGGGGCAGGUGAAGAAGAUCUGGUGCUUCAGUCAGACAUCUGGGCUGAGCUGAGGGCUCUCAGAGACAUGGUGGUGGAGCAAAGUGUAGAGAUUAGGUACCUGAAAGACAGAGUAACAGCUUUGGAUAGCCUGGUGGAGGCCUUACAGAAAGAAAAUACAGCCAUGGAGGCCAGGAUGACUAUAGCUGAGAUCAUGGUUGAAGAACUUCAGAUUGAGAAUGAUGCUCAAGCUAGAGAGCUUGCAGCAGUUCAGUUGGAGCUCAGUGCUAUCCAGGAAACACUGAGAGUUGGUGAACUUCGUGUGGAGGAACUGGAGAAACAGCAGGAAGAACAAAAUGCAGCAGUGCAGGAACUUCAAACUAUUAAUAAUGUGAGGAAAGUGGCUUUUUCUGCCUCCCUCCUGGCAACUGGUGAAGGCAACACUGAAAGCGGCCCAGAUUAUACAACACUCAUCUUCAAAAAUGUCUUUACCAACAUUGGAAACCACUACAACCCAAACACAGGUUUCUUCACUGCACCAGUAAGAGGAGUCUAUUAUUUUAGAUUCACUGGACAUGCAGCAGUGUCUGAGAGCUAUAAAAUGAUGAGACUUGUCAAGAAUAAUGAGGCCAUAAUUUUUAGUGGGGAUGUUCCGCCAUCUUGGUCAGAUCCUGAGGACAAUGCAUCCAAUGGUGUAGUGUUGCAGUUAGAAGUGGGAGAUGUUGUUUCUCUACAGCAUUUUGGAAUGGUUUGGGAUGACCAGUACCACAGAACAAGCUUUAGUGGCUUUCUGCUCUUUCCUUUAUAAUUGCCAACAUAUGAGUUGGAUGCAGGACUAAAGUAAUAUCAUGUUUACAAAGGACUGUUUUUUAUUUCUGUGCACUGCAGAUUUAUGGAAACAAAUUCAACAAAAUAAAAGUGAUGCGUGAUU